UGGGCGUGGCCGCAGAGCCGGGCCCUCAGAUCGAGGCAGCCUCCCCCUCUCAGCCGGCAGCACAUUCCGCCGCCGUUGCCGCCGCCACCGGCCCCGCGGUCGUCUUCGCCGGAGCUGCUGUGGUGCCGGGGCUCGGGACAGGAGGGGGCGGCCGGCCGGGGAGUGGAGGCCGCGGAGGCCGGGCGAGAGGAAGGGAGCGGACGGACGGACGGGCGGGCGGCGCAGGCGGCGGCCGGCUUCCUGGGAGCGUCGGUGCGGCGCGGUGGUUGGGGCGGAUCCCGCGGGGCCCGGGCGGGGAGGGGGGGGAGAGUCGCCGACCCGGCCAUGGCGGACAACGAGAAAUUGGACAACCAACGGCUCAAGAAUUUCAAGAACAAAGGCCGCGACUUAGAGACUAUGAGAAGACAACGAAAUGAAGUUGUAGUUGAAUUAAGGAAGAAUAAAAGAGAUGAACAUCUCUUAAAGAGAAGAAAUGUGCCGCAUGAAGAUAUCUGUGAAGACUCUGAUAUAGAUGGUGAUUUUAGAGUACAAAAUACCUCUCUAGAAGCUAUUGUUCAAAAUGCUUCAAGUGAUAACCAAGGAAUUCAAUUAAGUGCAGUACAAGCUGCUAGGAAACUUUUGUCCAGUGAUCGAAAUCCACCAAUUGAUGACUUAAUAAAAUCUGGAAUAUUGCCUAUUUUAGUUCAUUGUCUUGAAAGAGAUGACAAUCCUUCUUUACAGUUUGAAGCUGCAUGGGCUUUGACAAACAUUGCAUCUGGAACAUCUGAACAGACACAAGCUGUGGUUCAAUCCAAUGCUGUGCCACUUUUCCUAAGGCUGCUGCAUUCACCACAUCAGAAUGUCUGUGAGCAGGCAGUGUGGGCACUGGGAAAUAUUAUAGGUGAUGGACCUCAGUGUAGAGAUUAUGUGAUAAGCCUUGGAGUUGUAAAACCUCUGCUUUCAUUCAUAAGUCCGUCUAUUCCUAUAACAUUCUUAAGAAAUGUUACCUGGGUUAUGGUCAAUUUAUGUCGCCACAAAGACCCACCGCCACCAAUGGAAACAAUUCAGGAGAUUCUUCCAGCUCUUUGUGUAUUAAUUCAUCACACAGAUGUUAAUAUAUUGGUAGAUACUGUCUGGGCCCUCUCCUACCUUACGGAUGCUGGCAAUGAACAGAUACAGAUGGUAAUAGACUCCGGAAUAGUUCCUCAUUUGGUUCCUCUACUCAGCCACCAGGAAGUUAAAGUUCAAACUGCUGCACUUCGAGCUGUGGGCAACAUCGUCACUGGGACUGAUGAGCAGACACAAGUAGUUUUAAACUGUGAUGCUCUUUCACACUUCCCAGCACUUCUCACUCAUCCCAAAGAGAAAAUUAAUAAAGAAGCAGUGUGGUUCCUGUCUAACAUCACUGCAGGAAAUCAGCAGCAGGUUCAGGCAGUAAUUGAUGCCAAUCUUGUACCAAUGAUAAUACAUCUUUUGGAUAAGGGAGAUUUUGGCACCCAGAAAGAAGCUGCUUGGGCCAUAAGUAACUUAACAAUUAGUGGGAGGAAGGACCAAGUGGCCUACCUUAUCCAACAAAAUGUUAUUCCACCUUUCUGCAAUUUGCUGACUGUAAAAGAUGCACAAGUUGUGCAAGUAGUGCUUGAUGGACUAAGUAAUAUAUUAAAAAUGGCUGAAGAUGAGGCGGAAACCAUAGCCAAUCUCAUAGAGGAGUGUGGUGGACUGGAGAAAAUUGAACAACUUCAGAAUCAUGAAAAUGAAGACAUCUACAAAUUGGCCUAUGAGAUCAUUGACCAGUUCUUCUCUUCAGACGAUAUUGAUGAAGAUCCUAGCCUUGUUCCAGAGGCAGUUCAAGGUGGAACAUUUGGUUUCAAUUCAUCUGCCAAUGUACCAACUGAGGGGUUCCAGUUUUAGAAAGAUAUUGUGGAAGCUAGGUACAAUGCAGCACUGAGACAUAUAUAUAUAUACACAUAUAUAUAAAAAGGUUUGAUCCAUCAAGCUUGGCUCAUGGGAUCUGCUGCUGCAUUAAAUCGGGAGAGAAAAUGUGAAGAUUUCAUUUGGAAUCGCAGAAUAUGCCCAAGUGAGGUCAAGGUGGCGAGUGGGUGCGAGUGAGAAUGAGUGGCAAUGUAAGGAAAGUUGACGUGAGUGCUUAUUUAGGGUGAAAGUAAAGGGGCUGCAGGUCACAGGUAUUGGUGCCUGAGAAGGAGCAUUGACUCCCUCUGUCAGUGGAGGGAAGUGAAGUGCUGUCGUCAUCAAGCCUUGUAAGCAUGAAAGCGAUGCCCAUGGAAGUCAAGGGAAAUGAGCCCAGGCUUGCUGAGAAGCAGUGUGAGUGGACAGUGGUGAGUGAGUGUCUGGCUCUGUGGUAGAGAGCCAGGUUCAUCUUUCCAAUCUAGGGCUCUUCACGCAUGCCGUGGACUCCUAGUCCUGGAGUGACUGUGUAGAGAGUGUGGUUGUGGUGCUGUAUGUGGACGCAUGCAAGCUUGAUUCGCCUUCAGGGGGCUGAUAACAAACCUAGUAGAUCAUCAAAGUGAGAUCACAAGUGUUAAUGUACACUGGACAUGAAAACAAAGACCGGUUUAGCAGCAGACAUUGGUUUACUCUGCAGCCUGUGUUUUCUAUUCUCCCUCUACCUUCCCCCUCUCCCCCUUCUUUUUUAAUUUAGUUUUUAUUUACCUAGUAUGGCUUUUUUAGUUGCUUCUCAAGUCAGAAAACUUCAGGAAGGUUUCCCUGUGCAUUUGCACCAGAUGAGUGUUUGAUGCUAUGAAAAGCUUUCCAUAUCAUCAAAGCUAAUUUGUGUAGAUUUUUGCAUGAAAAAAAAUCAUAAAUUUCCCUCACAGUAGACUGUGUUGCAGUACACAAGUUGCCAUAAUAGUAUAAAAUGUGCUUUAAAAGCCAUUCUUUUCAUUUUCAGAGAUGACAUAAAGAUCUUUGCAUGAGGUAAAUCUACAGCAUAGUUCAUUUUUAGAUUUUGUUGAGUCCUGUAAAGAAGAGAAGUUUCAGUUGUGAUAGAAUACCGUGCUGUGUUGAAAUGUUAACUUGUUUUCAGACUUUGUUUUCUAUGAAAAUGAUAUGGAAGCUUCUGAAAUGGAAUUUGGUGCAUAUGUACUGCUGAAUAAAGACCGAUGAAGGGGUUUGAGUAGAUGUACAAAUCAAGUAAUGGUUUGAACACCUUCAAUAAUAUGCCUAAUCUGUUGAAUUGUUUUAGAAUCUUUUUAUCUUAGAUGUAGGCAGCCAUGAACAAUCUAUUUUGAGCCACUUUAGGGAGAAAACUUUGUAUUUUUAAAACUUGCAUAAAAGUUAUGCAAGUGGUUUUUAUAAAUUGGAAUAAUACCUCAGUUGUGAGGUUACGCACACUAAAUUAAAUAUGUCAUAAAUUAAUUUGUACAAAAGGAACUCUUUAUAAGGUGGCUCAUUGUAGGAACUCCUGUGCCUUCCCCUUGAGCACAAGUGUUGCAUGAACAACAGUUUGCUAUAGGAAACACACCAGGUUAGCCACCAUUAGCAUCUCUAUCUACUUUGUGUUUAAAAAUCAACUGCUAAUUCUGAAACACUGUAGAAUGGAUAAAAAUUAUUUUGUGAUCAUAACUCUUUGUUGAACUAGAGUAUUUUUGCAGCAUUCCUUGUCAUCAAAAACAUGGUUAAAGUUUAAAACUAGAAGCAGCAGAAAACUAGCUUGUAAAAUUUAUCCAAGUAGAAUACAGGCUAGGCUGUCUUGGGGAAAUAAACAUUAAAACUUAAAGCAAUGUUUUACAUGGGGUGUAUGUGUGAUGUGUGGAUUUCUUUUUCUAUCUAAUAUUAAGUUAGAGCAUACCUCAGUGGCUUCUGUUAGCUUCUUGUCUGUCUUAAGCCUUUUUCUAGAACCAGCAUAAGACAUCAUAAAAGCUGUAACUUGGUUCUGGGCAUGUUAGUAUUGCAUUUGUGCAGUUGACACCAUCUACACUUGCACCUUCUCCCAGUUGACACCAAGGUUUUGACGUUUCUUCACUUUCCCAAGUCGGUAGGAUUAAGAAACAGCUUGAGCUAUAUUUUAAAUACUGUCGUAGCCAACAUGUAGCUCCAAAUGAUAGAUUGCAUACAAGGCCUAUUUAUUGCAGAAAGUGUGGAUUCUGGGAAGGUGAGCAUAUACUCCCUUAUAUGAUUACUAUUUUUUAAUUAAACAGUAAUCAGUGAGCUUGUAAUAGGUACCUCUAUAUAAAGAAUUCUGGCAGGUAGCUUAGCAUGAUGUCAUAUGCCUGUGAUCCUAGCUCUCAGAAAGCUGAGGCAGGAGAGUCACCUCAUUCAAAUACAGCCUUGGUUAUAUUGUCAUGAGACCCUGCUUCAGGAAUUAAAACAAAUGUGUGGGAACAAUAUUCACAUCUUUAAGGGCUACCUGAAUGUCUAAAUACUUGUUUCUAACUAUGAUCACUAUGGGACAUUGAUUUUUUUUUCUAUAAUUCUAAGGUGUGCUUUUCUAUAUCUAAAAUGUGUCCCAAAUAACACAACUUUUUUAAAAUUCUUCAGUGACCUAGGAAACUGAAUUUUAACAAAAACCAUUAUAUCUGAUAAGGGGGAAAUAGGGUAAUAAGUCUAAUAAGCUAACUGUUAUUAUAUUUCAUGUUCUUAAACUGCCAUGUUUAACACCAAGCCCUUCUCAAGUGCUUCAAAAAUAAAAAUACUGUGUUAAGAUGUGUGAGUAGACCUUGUCUAGAAUAUACUGUUCAUAGUGGACCAUGGUGGUGCAUGCCGCUAAUCCAGCAGAGGCAGGUGGAGGAUCUCUAGAGGCCAGCCUGGUGUAAAGAAUGAGUUCAAGAUAGUCAGGACUACACAGAGAAAUCCUGCCUCAAUUUCAUUUAUGUUUCAUUUUGUAAUUUUGAAAGGCAUCAGUAGCCAUGUGGUAUGGUGGAACUGGUAUUUUCCACAUUGUGCUAGGCCAAAUUUAAAGCAUUUCUAUAUGUGGAACUAUCUGCACAUCAUUAAAAUGUACCUGGGAGGGUCUAGUUAGGUUUACCUUGACUAUACUUCAUAGGAUGAAGGUGCGUUUGUUGUAACAUCAGUAUAACUUACAGAACACUUUUCCAAUUCUGUUGUUCAGCUUCAACAAAAAGUUAGAAAUAAAUGAAGUUUUGUCUUUUAAGACUAAUAACUAAUUACCUCACGUUUGUUGCCCUAGAACAUGACAUGUGUUUGUUGUUUCACAGUUUCUGUAAGUCAGGAAUCUAGUUAAAGUUUGACUAGAUCCUCUACUCAGGGCCUUACAAGGCUACCGUUUUAUCUGAAGUGGAGGCUCUUGCUCUCUGCGCUUGUGCAACACAAUCCUUUCCUGGCCACUUGUUUCUUCAAGACUACCAGGAAACAUUGGGAUCUCAGGGGAGGCCGGUGCCCUCUUUUAAAGGGCUGGCUUGGUGAGGUUAGGUCCCUCAUACCCCAGGUUAAGUUCCCUUUGAUUAAACUUCAAGCUAAAUAGGUACACUUAUUACAGUUGCAAAAUCCUUUUCCAUUUGGUGCACUCUGGUCCAUUCCAGAAGGAGUCGUCUGUUAGAUUGGCAGGUCCUGUCCUCUGUGUGUACAUAUGCCAGAUAGUGUUGGGGGCCGUUGUACUUUGUACACGUCACGAAACUACCAAAUACCAGAAUUGGGAUAAUUUAAAAAUGAUUACUCCCACACAGUAUAAGCUAAGGUUCUCAUUAAGAUUACCUGUAAGAACCCAUCAAAACUUCUAGUUUAGUUUACCCUCAAAGUACAUAUACAUGCAGUUUACAUGUAGUGGUGUUGAAAUUAGGAGUUCCUAAAUUACAGAAUAAAUUGAUCUGUCCUAACCCUCUUAGACUUAGAGUUAUGAAAAGAGGAUUAGUCCAAAGUUACAUGUUAAGGACUAAGUUAAGGCCUAGACUUUUACUUCCACUGUCAUGUAAUGUUUUCAGUUAUUUAAAUUUGUAAACCACUGCAAGAAAAAAAGUUUAUGCAAAUAAGCACUCAUCUUUAAUCAAACCUUUUUAAUGUGUAAAAUUUAUUUUUAAAUUAUUGCUAUAUUAGAAUCCUAAAUAUCUGCGUGCUCUUACACCUUUUUUACUUGGUUUCUUAUUGGCAAGAUUUAUUAUAUGUCACCCAAUAAUUUAAUAUUAGAAAAUCCAGGUAGCUAUUCAGUAUCCAAAUACUUUACUAGCAAAUCCAUGCCUAAAAAUUUGAACACUUUAAUGUUAAGCUUCUUAAAUGACCCAUUACUAAAAUAUGUUCUUUUUAGGGCUGAGGAUACAGUUCAGUUUUAUGACACUUGCCUGGAAUGUGAGGAGCCUUGGAUAUUAUCCUAGCACUGCAAAUAUAUGUACGAGAGAAAGGCUGUGUGUGGGUGUGUGUUUACAUGAGUAGUCAUGUGUGCUUUAUUUAAAAUACAUAGGUAAAUGUUGCACAGGUGUCUAGAUCACAGUGCACAUUGGAGGCAAUGAUGCAACCUUUUUUAAAAACGAGUUCUUACUAUGUUGCUGAGCCGAGUCUCUGUCUCCUUUCUCCGCUCAUAACCAUCUUCAUGCCUCAGCCUUCAUGGAAGAUGAGCUCACAGGCACAUGCCACUGCGUUUCCUGUGUAGUGCACAUUAACUCAUUAGUAAAGAAUGCUGUAGCUGUGCCGUGAUGGCGCACCCCUUUAAUCCCAGCACUCGAGAGGCAGGGGAAGAGUUCGAGGCCAGCCUGGUCUACAGAGGGAGUUCCAGGAUAGGUUCCAAAGCUACAGAGAAACCCUGUCUCGAAAAACCAAAAAAAGGGGGGUGGGGGGAAGAAUGCUGUAUAACCGAGCACUGUGAUCAGAAGUAGUUGUCUACUGAACUUUUUUUUUAUUAUUAUUAAAUAUUGCAUUAGUCAUGGAAAAAAUAGAAUUAACAGGUUUUCCCCUGGAGACUUAACCUAGAAAUUUCAUUAAACUUGAAUAGUUAUAAAAAAACAGGGCCUUUGAAAUAACAGAAAUUUUGCUCCCGAUGUCUGUAUCAAGUUGCCUUUUUUUUUCCUGGCAUAAUAGCUUCUGCUUUGCGAGACCAACUAAGUAUACAGGAAAGUGCCUCCCACCACGGGGCUGCAGCAGUCCCUUGUUGCUGGUUCUCUCUGCUCUGUUUCUUGCCUUUUCUCCACAGCUUUCAUCUCCCUUAUAUCUGAAAGUAUGCUGCCCACCCCAAGUUACUUAGCUUUUUCAAACUCUUGGUUCUUCUGCUUGUAAUUUUUGUGAAGCAAUUUUGGGCCUGGUAAUAUGGCUCACAGGGUAAAGGUACUUAACUCCAAGCCUGAUGACCUGAAUUUGAUCUCUGAAACUCACUUGGUGGAAGGAGAAAACUGACUCAAAAGUUGGCCUCUGACCUCCAUGUAUGUACCCACACACACUCAAAAAAAAAAAAAAAACUUAAAGCCUGUGUCUUUAUUUUCCCUAACUGUGUUUGACUUCUGAUCUGGAUAGCUGUGUUAGUCUGGUUUUUAUUUUCUCUUAAUAAUUGAAUACGUCGGGCUGGGUAAGUUUUAAAGACAUUCACUUCACCUUGGGUCCAAGGGGCUGCAUCUAGUGUUUGCUGUCCUCUGGCAAUCACAUGACAAGAAGUAGGGUGCUUAUAUGAAUAUAUAUAUGUCCUUUUGCUGGUUAUCUUCUUGGCCCACAAAUAUGUCAUCUGGAGGCUCUAAUGACCUUGUCUAAUCUUACCACGUACCAAAUGCCCCACGGAUAAAUACCACUGGAUUAAGUUGUCACCUCUGAAUGGGAAAAAGACUUAGGACACAAACAUUAUCUGUAACUAAUGAACUCUUUGACUAUACUUGCUAAUUUUACCCAAAGAUUCCUCCAAGCUGCUUUUACUUCUAAUUUGAAAAAGCUGUUAAGAAUAUCUAAUAAUCUCUAUGAUUUUAUCGUGGAAUCAGCCUGUAGUGAUUUGCCUUCCAGAUAGUUUCCUCAGUGCCUCUCCAUCCUGCUGAGCCCUUUCUCAUUAGUAUACAGCUGACAUUUUAUUGUGUGUUUGCUUGGGUGUAUGUGUGUUGAGCAUGCUGAGCUACAUCCCAAGCCUGCCUUUUUACUGUUUGGGGAUAGAGUAACACUAUUUAACUCUCCAACUUGACUACAAAGAGUCUUUUUCCAAAGAAUAAUGGAAAGUUUCCAUAAUUUAACUCACAGUCAAUGGGGAUGUACUGGAUGUACUAGGUAACAUCUCUUACAGUGUUAAGGGUUUUGCCUCUGUUCAGUUCUAUAUGAAACAUAGCCAUCAGGUUAUUCUGAAUAGCUUCUACCUCUAGCUGUUUCCUUUUUGAUUUGCCAAUGUACUUCCUUCAUAAACAGAUGAAGUCUUCAACAAAUCCAGUAACUUCCAGUAUUGGAGCUACGCCACCCAUGUAACUCUGCCACAUCUGUGUUUUCAUAACUGGCCUACUGGUCUUUGACAUGGUGGCAUCUCUAGCCAUCUUAAACAUUUAACCUGAAGCAUUAUAUAUGUAAUAGAGCUGAUGUAGAAAAGCUUUUGUAUUCUCCUUUGAACCAGUUUAGGAUUGUCAUCUACAUGGUAGCUUUGUUGUCAUCCAGCUCCACUGUGGUUAGAGGUGCUAAGAGUCCUGCAAACUGUCUCCCCAUUACCACUACCCCUGUAGUCCUUAUGCCCCAGGUACAGGGAGGAAGGGAGAACUUACCUCAUUUGUAUCCUGGGCUUUUUAACUUCACUUUUGUCCCUUGCCUAUUUUAAAUCUGUCCUUGAGGAAGUCAGGAAUAUAGCCAAGGCUAUCUACCAUCCUUGCCAUCCCACAUUAACUCAUUUUGCAAUAUGUGUUUUAUGUUGAUGGUGAAUUUUCAGUCUGUAGUGUCUGUUCACCCAUUGCUUUCACACCUGCGUUUCUCGUCUUUCUCCCGCUAGAUUGUAAGCUCCUUAAGGGCAAGGUCAGCAUAUCAGCAAAGCUAUGUAAACACCAUGAACGUGCCGUGCCGGGAAUUCUAUGGGCACUCAAUAAAAGUGUGUGAUAA